CAUUCCAGCCCGUAGUUGCCGUCAGCUACCUUGCUCUCCCGCGCCGCCGGCACCGCACGCACCGCACCAAGAAGAGUUUCGGAGCCUGGCUGAGGCCGCCGCGUCCCUCCCCACCCCCCCUGAAGGACGCAGGCAGAUCCUCGCCGACGCCCACUUCUCCCAUCCUGCCCUCACCCCUUGCCCUGCCCCUCCUGGUUGUUGUCUGCGCGUCCCUCCCUUAGUAGUGACAUGAGGGUCGUGGUGGGCGUGGUGGCGGUGGUGGCCCUCGUGGUGGCUGUGGCGGAGGGCGACUCACUGAUGACGCGCAGCAAGAAGUACAAACUGUGUACGGCCAGGGACAUCAACAUGUUCGUAACGCAGCUGUGUAGCGGCGCUCUCACCCGCAUGCGUGUCGGCCGCCAUAACUCCCAUCCAGCUCCCGGCAUCCUCACCAUAAGGAUUCCUCCUCGGGACGUGCGGGGUCCUGUCGUGAGCCCUGCAGAGAUCGGGUCUUCGUAUGAGUUUCCUUCCUAUCGAGAAAACCUUUUAGACACGCAGAAGUAUUCCCCGUCAGAACUUGACGCGGUGGACGCCCCGUACCUGCGUCCCGUCUCGUACUGGGAAGGCCAAAGCUGGAAUAACUACAAGGAAUCCUCUGCUGAGUCUGAACUACCGUCUGAGUAUUACGGCAACGCUCUCAGUCCUCGCAACAAGAAGUGGUGGAAUGAUCAGUGGAACGCGGGCGAGGCAGGCAGUGCGAUGAUCGGUCUGCGGCGGAAGAGGACAACGUUCGGUGACAUAAGGCAAAGGUGUUGCACGGACGGCUGUUACGCGUCGGAACUACAGUCCCUCUGUGCGUAAACCAGAGCCUCGCGCAGUGCAGUGUAGCAUGUACAUGAAAUACAAAGCAGCAAGCCAUAUUGAAGACUUCUAUUAUUAUAUAUAUUUUGUUUCGAGUACGAUCAAACUCAGAAAUGCCCACGAAUGUUACUAUCUUGCCCCGAUACAAACACCACAACAACACAACAACACCACCACCACCACCACUCCCUCACGUCGCGUCGACACAUCAUACCCAGGAAUACUCACCUCGACCGCAGCGACGUCAGGUGAACAGAUCUGCAAGGCUGACAAUACAACUAACUCCAUUCCAACAGCAAGGUGACCGUCAAGGUGUGAGUCAGGACACCCACGCGAGCCUCAACACCACUCAGCUCGUGCCCAUUGACUCUCUCUCUUUCUUUAAGUUAACUGAGGCUGUUUAAAUGGACGUCUCUAUUCCUGACUUUCUUCCUCUAUAUUCUGAUUUAUUUGAGUUCCCGGUGAUUCGAUGCUGUUCUCUUCCUAUAUUCUCGUUCAGGAUCUGUGUGACCUUCCGGUACGCAGCACUCAUUGAUUCCGUGUAUUUUAUUCUGGCUUGAAAAUAAAACAAAAAUACAUGUGAA